AUGGAGUUGACUAUUCCAUGUGUUCGACCCUGGUUUUCUCAGUGUGUGACCAAGAGUUCUGGGUCUGACAAACUAGUCCCUCUUGAUCCAGAAAUCGAGAAAUCCGCCAAAUGCAUUCGGAAGAAGAAGAAACAACAGAAGAAGAUGGAGGAACGUGCUUUAGCUGUCGAGAAUGACGAUGACACUUAUGGGGCAUAUCUUCAACCCAAGUACAUUCAACAGCUCUCAUGCAUUCGUCGGCCCGAUAUAGAUCGCAAUAAAUUUGAAUUCCAGCCGGCAUUCAUCAGUAUGCUCAGCUCAUCGGCAUUCAGGGGCAGACCUAAUGAAGAUCCAAUUCUCCAUCUGACCCGAUUCAAACUACUAUGCCAGUCUGUGAAGACGGUUCAAGGAGUCACCGAUGAGUCACUUAUGCUAAUGGGUCUAAAGGAAGAUACUCGAGUCCUCAUUCGAGUUGCUUGUGGAGGAAGCCUCAAUGAAAAGUCUUUCGACUUCAUCGAACAACAAAUCACUAAGAUGGUUAAUGAGUGUGCCCCUUCCCACGAAUUCGUCAGAAGUAUUAGUUUUUUUAAGGAUAACCGUGCAGGUAAGGAAAGUCAAUCCGAAAUACACGCUUUACGUGCAGAGCUAGCCAAACUUAGAAUGCAGGGAUCACUUCCCGGGAACCCGAAAGCAAACCCCCGAGAGCACUGUAAUGCUAUAUCCUUGCGAAGUGGCAAAGAGCUCGUCAAUCCUAUCAUCACAUCUACAGAGAAAGGUCAGUGCUCUAACUCUGUUCCUACAUCUUUUCCUGACCCCAUAAUGGCUGAAAAAUCGACAGAGAUAUCGGGUGAUGAAGAACGCGACGUAUACAUACCACCGCCACCACAUCCACCUCCGGUUCCUUUUCCUCAACGACUCAAGAAAAAUAAGGAGGACACCCAAUUUGCCCGAUUUGCUGACAUGGUGUGUAAGUUGAAGAUUAAUAUGCCAUUUCACGAGGUUAUUACUCAGAUGCCAUCCUACGCCAAAUUCCUGAAGGACAUUCUCACAAAGAAACGAGUCAUCAAGAAGGAAACCAUCACGCUCAAUCCCGAGUGCAACGCCAUUCUUAAGCACGAUCUACCACCAAAAAUGUCGGAUCUAGGUAGCUUCUCGAUUCCUUGUAAAUUGAGAAAUGUUUCUAUAGAUCGUACUCUUUGUGAUUUAGCUGCAAGUGUAAGUCUCCUACCACUCUCCAUCUAUAAGAAACUCAGCGUGGGAGAACUCAAACAAACUCGCAUGGCUCUUCAACUAGCUGAUCGUUCUGUCAAAUAUCCUCUGGGUAUUCUUGAGGACGUCCCGCUGAAAGUCAGCGAUUACUACGUACCGAUCGAUUUCGUUGUGCUUGACAUGGACGAAGACUCCAAAAUCCCGAUUAUUCUAGGGCGGCCGUUCUUAAACACUGCAGAUGCCAUUGUCUACGUUCGUGCCGGUCGAUUGACACUCAAGAUCGGCGACGAAACGUUGGAAUUCAAGCUCGAUCAAAAUUUCAAGCAACCAUCUACAGUGGACUCUAUAUGUUACAUUGACCCUGCUGAAAAUGCCAUUGUCUACGUUCGUGCCGGUCGAUUGACACUCAAGAUCGGCGACGAAACGUUGGAAUUCAAGCUCGAUCAAAAUUUCAAGCAACCAUCUACAGUGGACUCUAUAUGUUACAUUGACUUGAUGGAUGCUUUAGCUGAUGAGUACGUUCGUGCCGGUCGAUUGACACUCAAGAUCGGCGACGAAACGUUGGAAUUCAAGCUCGAUCAAAAUUUCAAGCAACCAUCUACAGUGGACUCUAUAUGUUACAUUGACUUGAUGGAUGCUUUAGCUGAUGAGCUCGGGCGUCUCCUCACCACAUUGCGGGACUACCGGAAAGCUAUCGGGUACACUCUAGAUGAUAUCAAAGGUCUAAAUCCUUCAUUAUGCAUGCAUCAAAUUCAUCUGGAGGACGAUACCAAAUCAUCCAUCGAACAUCAACACAGACUCAAUCCAUCGAUGAAGGAAGUCGUCAAGAAAGAGGAGAAGACAACUUUCACUUGCCCUUAUGGGACCUUCGUUUAUCUGCGCAUGCCAUUUGGACUUUGCAACGCCCCUGCUACUUUUCAACGGUGCAUGAUGGCAAUCUUAUCCGACAUUAUUGAAGAUUCGAUGGAAGUCUUCAUGGAUGAUUUCUCUGUCCAUGGGCCUUCCUUUGAUGCAUCGUCCUCGGACACAAGAUCUCCGACAAAGGCAUCGAGGUUGAUAAAGGCUAAAAUCGAAGUGAUCGAGAAAUUACCACCCCCGCACAACGUUAAAGCCAUCCGAAGUUUUCUUGGUCACGCUGCAUUUGAAACACUCAAAAAGGCGUUGAUUUUCCCGCCCAUUAUUCAACCGCCAAAUUGGGAUCCGCCUUUCGAAAUUAUGUGCGACGCCAGCGAUUAUGUAGUAGGAGUCGUGCUUGGACAACGAUGGAAUAAAGUUCUUCAUGCGAUCUACUAUGCCAGCAGAACUUUGGAUGAUGCUCAGGUAAACUACACUACGACUGAGAAAGAACUGCUUGCCGUUGUCUUUGCAUUCGAAAAAUUCAGGUCCUACCUUGUCGGAUCCAAAGUCAUAGUCUACACCGAUUACGCCGCUCUGCGAUAUCUACUCUCCAAGAAGGAUGCUAAGCCGCAUCUCAUCCGUUGGAUAUUGCUUCUUCAAGAGUUCGACCUUGAUAUCCGGGACAAGAAAGGAGCCGAGAACGAAGUAGCUGAUCACUUGUCACGCCUUGAACUUCCAGAGCCACUUCCCAUUGAUGACAAUCUUCGAGAUGAGCAUGUCUUCACCAUUUCUACUCUUCCAGAAGCCCCGUGGUAUGCUGACUACGUAAACUACCUGUUUAGUAAAAUUCUUCCACCAGAUCUGAGUUACAAUGCCAGGAAGAAAUUUCUCCACGAUGUCAGGGACUAUUAUUGGGACGAUCCUUUCCUCUUCAAGCGGGGAACAGACGAUCUAUUCCGUCACUACAUCCCAGAAGUUGACUAUGUGACCAAAUGGGUGGAAGUCCUGGCAAGUCCCACCAACAACAACAAGACCGUAGUGCACAUGCUCAAACGCACGAUUUCCCACGAUUAG